UGCUUCGCUUGGUUGUGCGGACACUUGAGAAGAUAAGCCAGGCGCAGCACACUCCCAACGAGGAUUCAUGCCGGUCUGUGGCAUUCCUUGCAGCCUCUCGCUGAAGCACCACAGCCCCGAGGUGUUCGGCUCGUCGCGGCUGCUGCACCAGAAGCCCUAUGUCCUCCUACGCGCUUGCCUGGCGUUCAACAGCCUGUACUGGCUCAUCCGCUCCAUGUCCGUCUUCGGCAACGCCCACUGGCUUCUCUACCUCACCCACUGGACGUUCGCCAUCCAGACCCUCUACUACUUCCUCGCCCUCGGCUCUGCGGUCCACCUGUGGCUCAACAGCGGCCGCAAGCGCCGGGCGGGGUGGCUGUGGUCCUCUCGAGAGCUGGAAGGGGUAGGAGGGGGCCCCGCGAUGAAGAGUAAUGGGGUGGGGAGAGCAGGGAACGACAGCGCGCGCGACCACUCCAAGGAGAAAAGGGAAGUCCUCGGCAGUAACGCGGCGGCGGCCGUCGAGGCUGGGAAGGGGGCUCUCAAGCUGCCGAAGCCUGUGAGUGGUGGCGGGGGGGUGGCGGCAAAGCGCGGCGGCGACGGCCAUGGAGCUGCUGCGGCAGGAGGAGGGAACGGAGAACACAUUGCUCUGGAGCGCUGGCGCAAGCUGCAGUGGGGCCUGUUGAUCGUGUGCGCGGACUCGGCGAUAAUCGUGACGGGCGUCUACUGGACGUUCCUCUACAAUGGCUGGACAGACCAGCUCAACCUGCAGAUCCACUUGUUCAACGCUCUAUUCAUGGCGGCGAACGUCUUUAUCGGCGGCUCUCCCUUCAAGUGGGAGCACAUCGGCAUCGCCUACAUCUACGGAUUCCUGUACCUAGGCUUCGACAUCCUGUACUACAUCUUCGGCUCGGUCUUCGGCUACGAGGACUCGAGGGUGAUCUACUUCUUCCUCGACUGGGGUGGUGCCCCCGGGAGGGCCGUGACAGUGACGCUGUUCCUGCUAUCGGUGGGGCUGCCGUUGUCUCACGGGCUGCACGUGGCGGUGGCCUGGGGGAGGGACUGGGUCAGGAGGAUGCGGCCCGGCUGGGGCUGGCAGGGCACCGACGAAGAAGACUUCGAGAGGGCGAUGGAGAUGAGCGGCCUGAGGGACACGGAUGUCUGGGCGCCACUGACGGGGGAAGGCUUCGACAGCGAGGAGGAGGAGAUGGGCGGCGCCUCCGUGUUCCACGACUACCACCACGCCACUGCUAGGGGUCCGAGCGGCAGCGGGAAACGCGGCGGUGCUAGUAGAGCCGUUGCUGGUUUCCGCCAACAAGAGAAGAAGAAGCCUGACGGCGUGGGCGCGAGUAGAGGUAGUGCUGCGGAUUUGUACGCAAGAUAACACCUGCGGUGGGAGGUGUCAAAAGCCGAACGGACUGUGGCCUGUUUUCGUCCGUGAACAAGCGCUAGGCCGUAUGUUCACGUCGACCAUUUUGUCUGGAUAACUUCGUCCAAGUCUUUGCGCGAGUGACUUUGGGUGAAGCGUAGUUUAUUUUGUUGUGGCCUCGUGAACCGUUGUUUUGUGUUGUGGUCUUGCCGUGAUUGAAGAACUUGUUUCAUCCGGUGGGGGAAACGAUAAAGGUUUCUUGGUUGUUGUUGCUGUCUUCUCCAUACAUGCACGUGGAAAAGUGCUGCGUUUCUACCCCUCGCAGCAGCAGGUGAGCUAAGCGCAUUGGUGAAAAUUGUUUUCUACCGCGAAGACAUCAAGUAUCUUCCAGGGAACAGGGUGGG